UCUUUGGCUAUUAAAAAAUUGCGACUUUAAUCCUUUAAACAAAAUAUCCAAAUUAUCAUCCAAUCUAGAUUUAGAUACUGAGAUAGAUUAUAGAUUCUAGAUUGGAUCUAUCUAGAUGAUCUAGAAAUAAUAGAUCUAGUAGAGAAAUUGGAGUCUAAAUAUGACCGACCCAGACGAAGCUGAUUAUAAUUCAGAUGAAUAUCCUGGGUCCCCUUCCUACAAUGAUGACAGAGAUGAUGAAGGCGGUAAUGAGGAAGAAGAGGAGGAAGAAGACGCAGAGGCGGUUCAGGCCGAGUGUUUAGCUUUAUUGUCACAGAGAGACUUCAUCAUGGAGUCAAACAUACUGAAUGUUCUGAAAAGGUAUUUACAAGCUGGGGGAGCACCAUCCAAUGUCGUGGAACUACUCUCUGUCAAUUUCACAUCUUUGGCUGGCAUGGUGAAUGUCAUGGCUAACUGGUUGAUUCAUUUGGGAGUCGCUCAGAGUGAUGUGACCACAAUGGUAGAAAACCACAUGACAGAAAUGGUGAUGAAACACUUUGACCCUAAGAAAGCAGACUCUAUAUUCAACAGUGAUGGCAAUAUGCCUGAAUGGCUGCCAGAAAUGAUACAACAGCCAACUUGGCGUUCACUAUUUUACCGUCUGGCUGAACAGUAUCCUGAUUGUCUUUUUCUUAAUUUUACUAUAAAGAUGAUCUCUGAUGCUGGAUUCCAAGGGGAGAUUACUUCAGUCUCUACCGCCUGUCAUCAAAUAGAAGUGUUUACCAGAGUGCUUAAGACUUCAGUAGCCACAUUCCUGGAAGGCGGAGAAGAGGCCAUGGAAAAACAUUUGCCAGAGUUUACGAAAAUGGUUUGUCAUGGAGAACACACAUAUUUGUACAGCCAGCUCAUCAUGCAUUUAGCAGCAGAGGAAACUGAAGGUGGGCCCAACAUGAGAAGGCUGUGUCAGGAACUACAAAAGGCAGCAAUGGCCAAGGGUUUGGAGGUGACACCCAUCACAGUGGCUCUAACUCAUGCUAAUGAAUACCCUCGUGCCUGCCAAGCUCUCUCCUCCAUGUUGUCUAGACAAGCUUUGAAUCCAGCAGACGUGACAGUGCUGUACAAGUUGUAUUCAGAAGGUGAAGGCCCUCCAGUUGCGCUGAUCAGAGUACCAGAGUUCUUGGAUCUUCUGGUGGAUGCUCUGUACAACCCAGCAAGCAAGAUUACAGCAGAACACAAGUCUAAGUAUAUCUACCUUCUGGCAUACUCGGUUAGUGUUGUGGAGUCUUCAAGGAGGGGCAAAGGGAGACGACUCAACAAAGAGGAACUCAAAUCAACUAUACAAGCCAUUGAAAAAACUCACACACUUCUUGUCAAUCACAAAGGAUCUUCAGAACUGAUAGCAGAAGUGAACACUUUGUUUUCUUGUAUCAGGUUUCCUGUGGUUGGCAUGGGAGUCCUGCACUGGGUUGACCUGACAGUUUCAGAGCCAAAUUUUUUCAAGCUCAACACAGACCAUACACCUCUUCACUUGGUCCUAGUAGAUGAGAUUGUCUCUAAUCAUCCAUUGUUGCAUCACAAGGCCCUGAAAUUGUUGACCUUAUUGUUUGAGAAUUCCUAUGAUGAGUUGGAUGUGCUUGUCAGGCUAGAGUUAAAGAAGAUGGUGCUAGACAGGAUGCUACACUUGCUACACAAAGGCUGCGUCAUACCAGUGGUCACUUUCAUUACCAAGUGUGUGGAGGAGACAGACAUUUCGCUAGUCAGACAUUUUGUGACCGAGUUACUAGAUAUGAUUGCUCCACCUUACACUGUUGAGUUUGUACAGCUGAUUCUCCCGCUAAUAGAGAACAAAGCAGUAACUGACACUCUGAGAACCCCUGAUGGCAAAGACCCUGUCUCAGAAUUCAUCAGUCAUUGCCGAGCUAACUUUUUGAAUCAACUGUGAGACACUUUUCUAUUUCAUUGAUCAAUGUUCAUUAAGAAUCAUCAAGUCUUGUUUCCUUGUAUCAAGGUCCUCAGACUACAGACAUUGUACUAUAUCAUUGUAACUCAGACUACAAUUAUUGUUGAUGUACUCAUUGGAUUUGUUCACUAUAUCCAUUGGACAUUCCUGAAAAUAUAUAUGUGUGGUUUUAUCUGAAAUGAGUACUGUUGAUCAUUUUGUUUUGUGCAUUUCUUAAUUUUGUGAUGGUGUCUUUGGAAAUUACUUUAGUCACAACUUGAGUAAGUUGUAUGUUGCAAACACACCCCCACCUCACCAACUGUGAUA